GUUGAUGAAUUGCUAUCAUACGAUAAAGGUUUAAUUUCUUUCAUUAUAAUCAUUGCUCUUUUUUAAUUCCAAGUCUCAUUGACACAAAGUCAUGAGGUAAUGUGAAAAACUUAUAUCUAAAGGCAUGCGAUCGUAUUAUAUAGAGGUAUAGAGGUACAGAAUACCAUCAUCGUCAUGGUUAUUGUAAUAACUAUUUGAUAUUUCAAUGCUCGGUGGAAUUUCCCCGUCACUUGAAUAGACUGCAUGGUAAAUAAUGUAAAAUUCGUUCACGAUGAUUGAAUCACAUUGUAAUAAGUGCACAACACCGUGGACAUGGUGGAGGACUGAGACCAAUAACAUUGCCUUUUUAUAUAACGAAAUUAACUUUUGGAAUUAACGGAUAUAGACAAAGAUUCAAGUCAUGGCUGAGGAAUUAAAAGAAACGAUUUCUCAGAGUCUGGAGUGUCCUGUUUGUCUGACUACCUUCACUGAUCCCAAGAUCCUGUCUUGUUCACACACCUACUGCAAGGUCUGUCUGGAAAAGCUCUUGGAAUCCCGUGGUGAUGAUCAGAUGAUCCGAUGCCCUGUCUGCAGAGAUGAUACCCAGGUUCCAAACCAAGAUGUCAGCAAACUACCGGCAAGCCUAGCUUUGAGGAAUCUUAUAGAGGACGUGAAAAAUCAACAUCAAAUUUGCACAAAUUGUGAUUCCGAGGAUAAGCCCAAAGCUGUUGUCUACUGCCAAGACUGUGGCAAGUAUCUAUGUAAUACUUGCCAUAAUAUGCACUCUCAGUGGAAAGACUUCGUCAAUCAUGAGAUCAUAGCCAUGAGUGAGAUCUCGUCAGGAAAGGUGUCAAUACGUAGAUACCGGAAAUGCAGGACACAUCCGAAAGAAGAUGAAGAAUGUUUCUGUUCUAACUGUAAGAGAUUCACAUGCUUCAGGUGUGCUGUUAUGGAACAUAAAGAUCAAGGACACCAGGUCAUCGAGUCAGCUGCUUAUGAAAGUAAUCACACGAAGACCAUCGACGAGCUUACAUCCAAGGUGGAGAAGAAACAAUCUUGCUUUCAGAAUUACAUCGAUCUCAUCGAUCAAGAGAAGAAGUGUGUGGAUAAUGCUACAAAGCAUUGUACAGAUGACAUCAACAAAGCAUAUGAUGAAGCAGUUCAGCAGUUGACAGAGAAGAGAGAAAUCCUACUUGGUGAAGUCAAGGGAAAGACUGAAAGAGUAGGGGAAGCCCUAGAAGAAAUGAAGAAAUCAGCUCAGCAGCGCAUCGAUCAGUUGAUGACCAUUGCUGAGAUGGUAACCAAUAGGAGAAAUGCACCAGUAGACAUGGAUACUUUGGCUGUGUAUGACACUUUAUGUGAAGACCUACAAGAGGCCUUAAAUCAGAAAAAUCCUGAUUAUGAGCAGCCGAAUAAAACUAGCGGGAAGGUGAAAAGUUCCAGUUUUGAGAGAAAUAUCGGAAAGGACGAGCUAGGUCUUGGAAAAAUUGUUAAUGAGGUUGUAAAGAACAUUUCUUUGCCUACUAAAAAUAGCAUGAAUGCCAUGAUAAACACACCAGAUGGUAGGAUGGCUGUAGGAUAUGGUGAAGCGCGUGGUGUGAACAUCUUCUCUGCUGAUGGUCAUCUCCAGCAGACAGUCCUCAAGGAUGUUAGGAUUGAUUCAUUAGGUUUCCUCUCUGAUGGUCGAUGUGUUGUAAUUGAUAAGUCAAACACUGUAGCACUGUACACACAAGAGUUCACAAAGUUGGAUGUGAUGUUUGAGACUCUGAAUCACGCUGAAGGUGGGUUUUCUGACCUCACUGUUGAUAGUGAUGAUCUGAUCUAUGUUAGCUACAGGAAACCCACGAAGAUCCAAGUGUUCUCAUCAGCAGGUGGGAAGGCAAUCAAGGAGAUACCAUGCCACGGAUAUGUGCCUUGGCAAAUCGCUUCUUACAAUAAUUCACUAAUCAUAAGUUCAUAUAAUACUGUACGAUUGAUAGACAAAGAAGGUGAUAUAAAGCAUACAUUAACCAAACCAAGUAAAACAUACCUAUACGCUGCAGUGUCUCAAAGCAAUACAAUCCUGAUAGCCACGGUGAAGUACGAUGAAGGUUUGGUGAGCAUCGAUGAGUACACAGACGAGCCGAAGCACGUUCGGAACUUCGUUAUUGAGUACAAGAUUGAGAAGCCUACGAGAAAUUGGUAUUAUCUCCAGCAGUACCGAUCAGGAGAGAUCGCCUUCUGCACUUCUGAUAACCUCUAUAUUAUGAUAACAUAAAAUAAUGGAUGAAACCGCAAGAAAUACGUCGUAUAAUAAAAUUGAAAACAGCGUUAAAAAUUGACUUUCUAGAUGACAUAAAUUUCUUCAUAAAGUUCUUCAACUUUCCUAGAAAAAAUCCAAAAUUAUCAGUAACCGGCACUUUCGCUGUGUCUUUAUUUUACGAUGCUUAAGCUCAUCAGAAGUGAAUAGAAUGUGGAUAUAAACUUUGACAUAAUGGUUAAAAGUAGUCCAAGACAUUAUUAAAAAACAAUCUGUUUUCAGAUGUCUCGGUAUUUUCUUAUCCAAUCCCGAUCAAAUUGAAUUUAUCUGACUGAUUUGUGGAAAAUGUAAUAAAUGAAAUGAAUCAAUAAAAAAUGCAAUAAAUGAAUUUUUAAUUGAUAAAAUUGUAUUGCUACAUUCAUGCCAAUAUAUCAAUUUCAAAUGCAAACACAAUUUAAUGUAAAAGAUUGAAGAACCCUUUAAUGAUCAACGGUGACAUUUCAGAUAUUCACCAUGUACAGUAUGGUUAAACAGGAUUGCUUAGAAUAUAAAGAAACAUUUAUGAAAAUAUGAAAAUUAAUGGAUGAUUUACAACAAUUCUGAAUAGAGAUAACAGGGCCAUGGGAACGACUUUUUAACUGGGGUGCUGAAGUAAUUUUGAAAAGCAAAAAUAACAUAAAAAAAUAAACAAAAUAAAAGGGUUUUCACUACAAAGUGGAGAUCCAUCCCCAGCACCCCGCUUCCCAGGGCCAUGUGAAUGAAGGUAAAAUACUUGCUUACAGUAAUUCAAAGAUGGUGCAUUUCUGAUGUCUUUUGUUCCCUUUUUAGGACCUAUAAAACGAACAUUAUGUUGAUAAGAACACGUCCUGCGUCUCAGCAAAUGUACAUUAAGAGGAGCGUGUAUUGUAUUGUAUAUAAAUUCUGAUUUGUAUCAAACAACUGAGAAAAAUGAACAGGCAUCAGCCGAUUGAUACACUGAUAAAUAAAAAUACAAUAUUGAAAAAUGAGGAAAAUCGUUUGUUAGUUCGAUCGCGAAUGAGCACAAUAUGUGAUAUGGAUCGGUAACCGUGAAAUUGAUAAUAAUAAGAGAUAGGGCAGGGCCCUGGGAACGAUUUUUUUGACUGGGGGUGCUGAUGUAAAUUUGGCAAGCGAAAAAAAAAGUUUCUUUACAAAAUGAUUACAUUUCUCCAUUUUGUCACACCUUCCGGAAUUCCAGGGGCUGCUGCCUAUGGAGAAUAAUACACGCAGCACACCCAAGGAAAAUAUUGGGGGUGCUUCAGCAUCCUCGGCACCCCCCCCCCCGCUUUCCAGGACUAUGAGAGAUAAUCAUUUGACGCCAAUAUUAUGGAGCAGCAGCGACAUUUGUUUUGAGCAAAAUAUUCACAACACAUGUUUCUCUAACCAUGCUCUACCGGAGUUACUCAAUUCUCCCUCUCCUUCUCUUAGUCCUCCUUAUAUUUUGUAUUUUGUUAUCUAGUUUGCGUUACGCAGGCGUAUCCUGCUCCUCGUCGUUUUCCAGGGGUUUUAUGCUUAUAUCAUUCAGACAGUUUGUAUAUAUUUGUAUUUUGUACAUUUCAGUUGAUCAUUUCUAUCGAUUUGUACUUGUCGGAGAAAAGAUGUACAAUGAAAAAGAAGAAAUUGUAUCAUGUAUUCAAUUUACUUGUAGCAGUUAUACUCACAUUAAAAAACAAAUAUUUGAUCUUGCAGUUGCCUGCAUAGAGUUACACAUGUGGACUAUGCAUUCUCCAUACUUAAAAUAGUAUGUACAUUAUGUAAAACAAUAGAAUUUUAUCAAAAUCAGAAAUGAAAUAACAAAGUUAUGGCUUUUCAAAAUUUUCAUUAUGCAUUUUAUUCCUUUAUCUGUGAAACAGUUCAUGAAUAUGGUUUGAGUGAGUUUACUAUCACUUUAUACUUUUUUGUAUUUUAUUAUGAAAAAUUAUAAUUAUCAUUUUAGUUUCUGUCUGUAGAAUAUUUAAAAUAAUUAUGAUUGAUUACUGAACGAAUGUGAUGUGCAAGAAACACAUCGUUUGUAUAAUGUUUAUUUUCUUGUUUGUAGUUGGUUUGUACAGGUAGAAGAAGAGGUGU